GCUCGAGGCCCACCCGCACAUCCCACACCGGAGCGUGUCUUUACUCGCUCUUACUGAAUCUGCUGAAACGGUGUGGACGCAGGAGGAGGACUGAAAAGACAGAGAGAGGCCAAAAUGGACGUUUUCAUGAAGGGGUUUUCUAAAGCUAAAGAAGGCAUGGCGGUGGCCGCGGAGAAAACCAAGGAAGGCGUGGCGGUGGCGGCGGAGAAGACCAAGGAAGGCGUCAUGUUCGUGGGCAGCAAGACCAAAGACAGUGUGGCUACGGUGGCUGAGAAGACGAAGGAGCAGGCAUCUCAGUUCGGGGGCGUCGUCCUCUCUGGAGCCGGAAACAUCGCUGCUGCCACCGGCCUCAUGAAGAAAGACGAGUUUCCCUCCGACAUGAACACUGAAGAGUUUGGUCAGGAGGCCACCGAGGAGCAGAUGGGGGAGGGAAUGGUGAAUCCAGAGGGAGACGCAUACAAUGAGAAUCAGCAGGAGCAGUCCCAGGACUACGAACCUGAAGCAUAAAGCAACCAUUCCAUCGUCACCGUCAACCAGCAGCACAAUAAUGUUUCUACCAAUAAGAAGGACAAAUGCUGAACUCAUCCCAAUAAACAUAAAAAAAAAAAAAGCCAAAAAAAAAAAAGUUACAGUUAAUCCUGCUGAACAAUGUUCUUCCUAUCAGAAUCUCUCUAUAAAUAUAUAAAUAUAAAUAAAUAUAAAUAUACUUUUAUUAUGAUCGAUUGUAAAUGUCCUGUAGCGUGGUGAGUAUAGUUUCCUUUAUCGACUGCCGGGCGAAACCUCGUCUCGUUUCCUUGAUUCCCUCCCAAUGAAAUGCGACCAACUCGCCCUUUGUGGCUCUUUGUGCCUGUUUUUAUGUGUUUCUAUUUGUGUAAUAGAUGUUUCUGAUCUUCCAAUGCCAUAUUGGGGGUGAACAUAAAAUAAAUAAAUAUAUUCGGUGUAUGUGUGUGUAUAUAUAUAUAUAUAUAUAUAUAUAUAUAUAUAUAUAUAUAUAUAUAUAUACACACACACACACACAUACAUAUAUAUAUAAUGUAGAGCUGAUGCCUGUAUGUGGAUAUUUUUCUUUUUUCUUUUUUUUUUAUUAUCAAAGCAAGUCGUUAUUUUGACGUUUUUCAAGUACGAGUUUUAUACAGUGUAUCUUUAUAGUUGCUUGUGAUAUCAUUCCAGUGAACUCUCUGUUCCAAAAAAUAAUAAUAAUAAUAAUGGGCGGUUUGUAUUCGUUUGCGUGUCUGUGAGUGUACGUUUGUGUACCGAAGAUUUUGAAGUCAGUGUAAAAGUGUUUUGAAAACGUUUAUGGGUGUCGGAAUAGUGCUUGACAAUGCUGGAAAUGUCGAUCUACAGGUUUCUGUGUCACACAAGAUAAGCAAAUCCUCUGUAAAUAUAUCAAUAAAAACAAACCAAAAAAAUGUCA